AUGACAAGUAAUGAAAAACUUGGAUAUCACUCUCAAAAUGAAGGUGAUACUGGAACUGAUCCAAGCACUUCUAAUACAGAUGAUUCUGUAGUACGCCAUGAAAGUACCAGGUAUUAUUUGCCAAAAAUAUUGGAGCCAUCAAUUUUUGGGUUUCAACCUACUAGCGAUAUUACAAAAGUAGUAGGCGACUUCCUAUAUAAUCAUAUUGGCAAAGAAAACGUAGAGAUAGAAGCCAAAUUGGGUAUACUUGUAAAUAAAAACAUGCAAACGCGAGUGAAUUUACCUGUUAUAAGUGAAACUGUCAUUAGUCCUUAUGAUGAUGGAUGGUUCACUUUUCAGAGUAACAUGACAACUGCUCAACAUCGCAAUUUCAAUAAUCUAUUAAAUGAACGUGUGAUUCAAACAAAACCACCUUAUAAAGGUGGCUCAGUAGAAUACAAACAUCUUUAUGAAACUGAUAGAUUUUACUCUGGCACUGGAGCCGGAAAAGUCAGAGUCACUAUAGACCAAAAGACCAAUAAGAUUAUUGAAGGCGGAAUUGUUAAAAAGACCAACGUUGCACAUCUAAAUAUUUAUUCCCCUAAUACUCACCUUGAUUAUCGUAUCUCCGUAAACAUCGAAAAACCAAUGGAUAUGCCUAAUGGUCAGCUUGUCCAUGAACGGAAUAAAGACAGACUAUCUUAUAUCCAUCAAUUAUUUAAAAUCGAUCUAACUCAGAAACAAAAAUUACCUGAUGGUACCCAACCACCUCCGGAUUUGACUCAUGAACUCGAAGUAGAAUUUCUGAAUCCACGAGUCUUGCAUGAGGAAAAACUUAAGAUUGAGAAGCAGCAGAGUAGUCGUUAUUUAGAUAUAAUUGAAGUUUUUCUAAAUAAUAUAAGAGUGCUAGCAAAAAGAUCAUUACCGCCACA